UUUGUUAUUUUUGCGAUUGAAUUAAAAACGAAUUGACAGAAUUAGAAUAAACAGAAUUGAUGAAUUCAUUAUUACGACACAUUUAAGUAGCGAAGCGCAGCGUCAACAUUUUUUGUAAAAUAUAUUGCAUUUAUAAAAGCAGUGACAAGUUUUGUUCGAGGUCUGCACAUAACUUUAGAUUUGAACUCUUCUGAUGAUGGAUGAUGAGCCAAAAAGAAAGUUUAAUGAAAUUGAUGAUGAUGUUCCCGAAGAAGACCAAAUAUUUUCUUCUCGUAUCAAAAGAUUCCCCAUCAUUACUCCUGAGGAGGUUGAAAAAAUGAUGAAGGAAAGUGAAGAAAAGGAUCCAGAGGUGAUAAAAGAAGUUGAAAUUGAAGUUGAAGAGAUAAAACCAAGCAGAGGAAGAAGAGGAAAGAGAAGAGGAAGAGGUAGAGGUAAAACAAAUGCAAAGAUUAAAAUAAAAAAAACCUCUGAAGAAGUUUUAUUGCAGGCUGCAGAAGAAGAAGAUUUAAACUUAUCUAAAACUACAAAAAGACGCUUGCAAAGGCUUCAAGAAGAUGAAGCAUAUAAAAGGCAGCAAAUUGAAGAAGAAAAUGCUCGUGUGCUUUCAUUUGACCUCUCAGAUGAUGAUUUGAAUGUUGAAGUGAUCGAUUUGGAUUGUUCUACCCCCCAGAAGAAUUCCGAGCUUUCCUUGAAAGUGCAUUAUCUUGCUGACAUUAAGAAAAUAAAAUGCCAACAAAGUGAGAAAUUUUCCUCCAUAUUUUGUAAAGUAGCUGAUGCUUUCAACCUUAAGGCUUCAGAAGUCUUAUUAUGCCAUAAAGACAGAAAUAUUCAAGUUGAUGACACUCCAAGCAGCUUAAACAUUAAAUUUUAUGAAUUAAUUGAAUGUUUGCCAUAUAAGGCAGAGAAAAAUGAAACUGAACUGGAUGACAACCAAAUAAAAGUGAAAAUGCAGUCUAAUGACAGUAAGAAAAAAAUAGACAUGGCGAUUCAUAGACUUGAAAGCAUGCAAGAGGUGAUGGUGAGAUACGCUAAGUUACGUGAAAUCCCUCUGGAAAAAAUGGUGUUUGAGUUCGAUGGAGAGAAAAUUGAAGGCACGGAAACGGCAGAAGACCUUGAAAUGGAAAGUGGAAGUUGCAUAGAUGUUAAAAUAACUGUAGACAAGCCAAAAAACAAUGACAUUAAAGCAACAGAAAAAAUGAGCAAUAAAGUGACUCUUGUAGAUCUAGAUGAUGACUCGAACUCUUUAGAAGGAAAUAUGCAAGUCAUAGACAUUGUAUAGUACAAUAGUACUGCUUUUAAUACUUUGCGUUUUCUAACUUCCAGAGUCAAAUGUAUGUGUUGUGAACUGCAAUAAUUUACAAAAAAUUGUGUUAUUUCACCUUGAAAUAAUUUGAAUCAAUCUCAUAAAUGUGCUGCUCAAACUUGAAUCAACAUUUUUGUGGUUCAGAUUUGAAUGGCACAUUUAUGAUAGUGGCAGGUACAAA